AUGGAUAUCACUGUUCUAUACUGUGAUUCUAAAACCGUUCUCCAAGAAGUUGUCGCGGAAGCAAGAGCUGAGAUUAGAAAGCAAAGGCGGCAAACAUUUAGUGGUUUCGCAGUCAAAGAGGAGAUCACUUGUGGUGAUGCUCAAAACAGAUCCAGUACUUUACUGUCUCGAAAAUCAUUUUCUCCUGAAGACGCAAAUUCAAGCUCCCUUUCAGCUCACAAGAAAGGAGUCUUUAAAACUGUGACAUUUAAGGAUGUUGUAGAAACUCAUCAGCAACUACUUUGUGAGAGGAAAUCAAAGAGUAAAAAUGGGAUAGUCGUAGUUUCCCAUGAAACGUCCAAACAAAGAUCUGCACCAGUGGAAUCCUGCAAACCAGAUGACAAUGACAAUAAAAUAAUACAAAUUGGUGUAGGAAGCAAUAAUGUACUUGGCUAUGAAACAGAUAAUCAGUGGGUUGCAUUGUCCAGUGAUGAUAAUGCAUUGCAUGACAAUGCAGCACUGCCUGAAAACAGUAGAGUCGCAUCAGAGCACAAAGAUUUUUCCAAGAGCAAAGAUAACCAAGGCCACACUUUGAGAACUGCUGCUUGUUCUGGCCUAAACAAAGAUGUUGUACAAAUUCCUUUAGGGAAUAAUGAAAACAGUAAAUCAGUUAAAGAUAUUUCUUUUGCUAAUAAUGGAAAAGUUUCUGAAGUAGUUGAAUCUCUAAGUAUAGGAACUGUAACAGUUGUGAAUUCAGAGUCCAUUAACAAUGAAGUCAUACAGAAAUGUUUACCUAAAGUAGAAGCUUCUGGAAAAGCCACAGAGGCACCUGAAAAGAAAGAUACUUUUCACUUCUCCUCGGUUUGUGAAAGUGUCAAUUCAUCUCCAGAAAACAGGCACUGGAUGCAUCUGUUUGAAGAAGAAUUUCCAAGAAGAUCUCGAAGGCUGCAGUCCACUCCAAGCUUUGGAAAGCAAUCAGUUAUUUCUGAGGGUUGUAAUUAUAUACAAUCAAAGAACACAAAAUCAAACAGAUCAAAACACUGUAGACAAAGGAAAGUAACCACUUUGCAAAACAAAACUAAGACUGCAAAAUGCAGCGCAGAACAUACUUCAGUAACUUUGAAUGAUAAUUUACAUGAAUGUAUACCCAAAGAUUUUGUUUUCCCAAGACCUAACUUAGAUGAAGCAAAACCUGGUGGUCCUUUGGGAAUUGUUGUAGACUUUUCUUUGCCUGAUAAAGAGUUUGCGAAGUUGAAACUUGCCAAGAUCAAAGGUGCUUUGCCAGCUGAGAGGAUCAAUAGAGACGUAAAUGACAAAAUCACAGAAAAAGUGAAAGAACACGACACUGUGCUAAAGAGAGAGAAGGAUUUACCUGAGUUGAAUGAACAGGUACAAGAAAGCUGUGCUAACAAAUUGAUCAAUCCAUUAGAAGGUUGUUCAAUGCAGUUUGAUAGUACAAUUAAACCUGAUAAAGUGGAAACUGUCACUAUUCUAGACACCUCAGAAGGAAAGAACAUCAAUCAAGUGCCACAAUUCAUUUCCAAAUCAGGAAACUUAGAGAGUGAAAGAAAUUCAGAGGGCAGUGUAAAUCAGUUCUUGUCAAGUCCAAAACACAAAUGUGAUCUUCAGUUCAAACAUGGGCCAAUGAAAAAUAGUGAAGUUGACUUCUCUACAAGGGGAGCAUCACAAGAAAAUCCUAGGACAGUUGUACAGCCUUGUGUGCCUCAUCAGGUAGAUGAAAAUUCAGUCUGUGUAAGGAACAUUGUUGAUGAAACAAGCAGUGUUGCACACUCAGCUCAUGAUGGUGUUGAUGAAAAAACUGAUUUUGCUUUUGACAGCUGUGAUAAAAGCAAAAAAGAAGAUAAUAACAGAGCCUUAGACUUUAAUGGUGGUGCAUCUGAUAAAAAAUUUCUACUUCAAUACGGUCAUGCAGGACCAGAAUCAAGUAAAGAAAUUUCCACUGAUGUGCAGCCAAAUUGUGCUUCCAACUGUCCAGAAAAGUGUGGUCUGAAGGAAACCAGUGCUGGAAAAAUGUUGCUUGAAGCUAAUAUGGUCAUUCAUAAAAGCCGAGGAGUUUUACUUAGUUCUGAAGAACAAAUAUUAGGUUCAUCUUAUCCUGAACCUGGUGUUGGUGAACAAGCUACACCUCAUGGAAAAAUGACUGAGCCUGUAGAGAGCUCACAGAUAUCCUGCAUGACUCCACCUGAGGAUCAAUCAGAACUGACUCCCAUGCUGAUGAUGGCCUGCUUGCAGCAUCACAUGGAGGGUGAAAGCAAUGUUAUCAGGUCUGUUUCUCUGUCAUCUUAUGAGCCAGUAAGCGAGAAAGAUGAAACAGUAACAAAGAUGAAGAGAGAUGUAUUGGCAGUUUGUCUUGCUCAUUUAGUGGUUAUCUGGACAGUUGCACCAGGAUUACAAUGGACUGUACUUCACAAAUGGAGUCUUCCUUCUGGUGGUGGACAAGAGUUUGCAAGUGUUGAAAUUGUGCCAAUGAAUUCUCAUGUUGUCCUUCUGGUUGGAGGAAAUUUCUGUGGAAGCAAUGGAAGGAUUCUUGGUUAUUCAGAUGAGGGUGACUAUUCUUUGGAUUUAAACGGUGAUGAUGCCUUGAACAGCAACCAUUUAUUUUCAACAAUGUGCCUUUUGAAUGAUUUUUCGGGAAAGACAAACGUUGAAUUUGUGAUUGGAAACAGGACACCUCAUGGAACAGCUUUGACAAAGUGGACCCUGGAUAGUUUUGGCCUGGUAGUGGAACAGAAACAGUGUUUUACUCCAAUAGUCGCUGAAAGUGACUUGACAUCCAUUCAAACUGUCCUUGGUAGUCACUGCCUUCUUUUGGGAACCACAAAUGAUGAACUUUUUUUGUGGAAUCACAAGACAUGCCAGCAGUUACGAACUAUAAGUCUCCGUACUCAAGGUCUUGGUCAUUUGUUCUGUCUCAAAGCGUCCACUGAAAGGGGGCUCAUUUUUCUUAUGAUGGCCAAUCGAUCAGGAAAGGAAAUUCAAUGUGAAGAAAGAAAUUGUUCCUUUUUGUCACUUGCUUUGAAUCCAAAAACAUCCAAAAUGGUAUGCCUGGAGAGCAUUUUUCCAGUAGAGGGGUUCCACGCGAUAGGCACCAACGGUCAGUAUAUCGCCACAGGAUGUCAGGUCAUAGGUGAGGUGAACCUGUGGAACAUCACCAACAGUCGAAGGCUUGCUUCUAUGCAAGUGUUUCAAGAUAAAGUGAGCUGUAUCGGAUUUCAUGAAAGCCGGCCUGUUGUAGCCUUUGGUAGUGCUAGUGGCUGUGUUCAUUUGUUCUCUCUAUGUUGAAGACAGGUUUGCUACCCCUCUGAAAAUUUCGAAAAAACUGAAUGAAAUUGAACAAUAGAUUUGUCCAAGGAAGUUUUAUUGGGUAA